AUGUCUGUACCCGACGGGCCUCAUGGAUCCUCUAACACACAUGAAGUUCGUGAAUCGAAGCAUGAUGCUUCCAAGAUUCCAUACGCGUCUCAGCCGGAGAAAUACCCGGCCGAUGAAGCCGAAACAGAUGGCUCAGGAACGGUAGCUCCGAGUGAGAAAAACUCUGGGCCUUCAGUGCAAUCGGCUUUUCCCCCACCAUCUGCUCAUCACGGACUUGAUGGCGAGGAUUGCCUUCACAGGUUGUCAUCUGCGAGUACCGACUCAGAUCGUUCCGUACACAUCAAUCCACCGAGUCGAAUGUCGACCGACGCCAAUGGCAACACCUAUCCAGAGGGCGGACUGGAAGCGUGGCUGGUGGUAUUUGGCAGUUUCAUGGGCCUGUUUGCCUCCCUCGGUAUGAUCAAUUCUAUCGGCACAUUCCAAUCAUAUCUCGACACCCACCAGCUCAAGGAUUACAGUUCUGGCAGCGUCGCCUGGAUUUUCGGCGUGUUUGCUUUCUUGACCUUUUUCUGCGGCGUCCAGAUCGGUCCUGUCUUCGACUCGAGGGGCCCGCAUCUGCUCGUCCUUGCAGGAUCGGUCCUGGUCAUGGUAAUGACAGUCGCCAUGGGUUUCUGCACACAAUACUGGCAUUUUAUGUUGGUCAUAGGCGUUGCUGGAGGCGUAGGAACGUCCCUAAUAUUCACACCCGCUAUAUCAGCUGUGAGCCACUUUUUCUUCAGGAGAAGAGGCUUGGCCACCGGCUUAGCUUCUACUGGCGGUUCAGUGGGCGGAAUUGUCUUCCCUCUGACUCUGGAGAGUCUCUUCCCGAAAGUCGGAUUUGCAUGGGCCACUCGAGUCGUCGCCCUGCUCUGUCUGAUCACCCUGAUCUUCGCCUGCCUCCUGGUCAGGUCUCGACUCCCAAAAACGCCCUUCUCCAAGGAGAACAUCCUCCCCGAUUUUCGUAUCUUUAGAGACCCCAAGUUUGCACUUACGACAGCAGGCGUGUUCUUCAUCGAGUGGGGUCUGUUCAUCCCGAUCAGCUAUAUCUCUUCAUAUGCGCUGGCCCAUCACGUCUCUGACCGUUUUUCCUAUCAGAUACUCGCUAUUCUCAAUGCGGGUUCUGUCUUUGGAAGAGCCCUUCCUGGUAUUUUUGCCGAUUUUCUCGGUCGCUUCAAUGCUCUUAUCGUCACGGUCACUCUGUGUCUUCUUUGCAACGUGUGCCUGUGGCUCCCUGCCGGUGACAGCGUGCCUCUGCUGGUCGUCUACUGUGUUAUAUUUGGCUUUGCGAGCGGCAGUAACAUCAGCCUCACUCCCGUCUGCGUUGGCCAGCUCUGUAAAACGGAGAAUUACGGGAGAUAUUACGCUACAGCGUACACUAUAGUCAGCUUUGGCACUCUUACAGGAAAUCCAAUCGCAGGAGAGAUUCUUUCUCGUUGCAGUGGAAAGUACUGGGGUCUCAUUACGUUCACGACGUGCUGCUACGCAGCUGGUCUAGCGUGUGUCACAGCGGUGAAACUGAUCCAUGUCGGUUGCCGUCGACCUUGGGCCAUCUAUUAA